AUGCCGCGCGUCCCACGGCGGCCGUCCGACGAGGCGCGCCGCGGCGCGUACAAGCCACCGGGCGUGGACGCCGCCCGCUCGCGCCGGCGCCGCGAGGACCGGCUCCUCGCCCUCCGUCGCCGCAACCGCGACGCCGGCCUCUUCAAGCGCCGCCGCGAGGAGCCCAGCCUUGCCCCCGCCCCCGUAGCGCCUCCCUCUGACGCGGCCGCGGACGCCACCGCGCCACCUCCUCCCCCCGGGCCGUCUUCGGCCCCGUCCUCUCCGCCCCCCGCAGACGCUCUCCGGGCUGCCGCCGACGCUGAGCUUGAAGGCCUAUCAGAAAUGGUGGAUAAAGUCUGGUCAGAUGACACAACUAGUCAGCUGGAAGCCACAGUCCAGUUCAGGAAACUUCUCUCGGAUGGGAAGAACUCAACCAUGAUAAAAAUCAUUAGAGCGGAUGUCCUGCCAAGGUUUGCUGAGUUCCUUUCAAGACAAAGACUUCCUCAGCUCCAAAUGGAAGCAGCAUGGGUGCUUACCAACAUAGCUGCGUCCGAUUAUACAUUGCUAGUUGCAGAAUGUGGUGCUGUUCCAAGGCUAGUAGAGCUCUUAGAUUCCCCAAAUGCUAAUAUCAGGCACCAGGCUUUGUGGGCUCUUGGAAAUAUAGCUGCAGACAUGCCUAGCUGCAGAGAGAUUGUUCUUGAUCAUGGUGCUGUUACGCCAUUACUUGCUCAAUUUAAAGAAGACAUGAAAGUUUCAGUUUUGAGGACUGCUACGUGGGCACUGUCAAACCUUUGUUUUGGGAAAUUACCGGCUGAAGUACAAGUGAAACCAAUACUGGAAAUAAUCAGCCUUCUUAUCCAUUCCGCUGAUGAGAAGAUCUUGGCAGAUGCAUGCUGGGCUCUUUAUUAUAUAUGCGAUGGUGUGGAAGGUGGUAUCCAAGAUGCAUUAGAUGCAGGCGUAUGCCCUCAACUUGUAAAACUUCUGAUGCACGCGUCAGCUAAUAUUCUUCUCCCUGUCAUUACGUCACUUGCGAGAAUUUCUGCUGGAGAUGAUACUCAAGUGCAGGUCAUAAUAGAAAAUGGCAUUCUUCCUUGCUUAACUCAGUUAUUAGCGCGAAAUUAUCCAAAGAUCAUCAAGAAACAAACUUGUCUAAUUGUUUCUAAUAUUACCGCUGGCAGCAAGGAUCAGAUUCAGGCAGUCAUUGAUGCUGAUGUUAUGAACCAUGUCAUUGUCCUACUAAAGACCUCAGAAACUGAUUUGAAGAAGGAAGCUGCUUGGGCUAUAUCAAAUGCUGCCUCUGGUGGUUCAAGCGAUCAAAUCCAAUAUUUGGUGAGCCGGGGAUGUUUGGAGCCACUCUGCAAUGUCCUCAAGUACCAAGAUGUUGAUCUUGUAUACACGUGUCUGGAAGGUCUUCAAAAUAUACUAGAGGAAGGUGAGACCGGGAGGCAGGGCAAUGAAUGCGCGACGAACCCGUAUGCACAGUUUAUUCUGGAGAAUGGGGGCCUGGACAAUUUGGAGGACCUGCAGGAUUUCGAUAAUGACGCAGUUUACAAGUUAGCCAUGAAGCUCCUCGAGAGGUACUGGGAUGAGGAAGUAAGCGAUGAGGCAAACUUGACGGCUUCCAAAGACAGCCCUGCAGAGAACGUGGAGGCGGUGCCGGAAGAUGCCGCACCGCCACCGGUAGCAGCGCCCAGCGUGGACGGAACCGAGUGAUCCCAGACGACUCCGCAUCGCCUUAGCUAAAUCCCUUUUUGUUUAAGUGACUCAACUUUGUAGUAACUCUAUGCUUUGUCACGUGCCUUCUGCCUACUGUCUAGUGGGAGUGAUUGAGGGCGUGUUUUGUUCG